CUGGCAGCCAGACACACCUCUGCUAUCCAUUCUCUACUCCCAGUACGCGAUACCAGCCAUAAGCUGCUCAUCGGCGGCGCGGACUGCGCGCUUUCAGUCUACGACUUGUCUUCCGAGCGGACCGUCAAUACGCUGAAGCUGUCGAACCCGAUAUACCAUCUUCAUCCUGUAGCAUCUCCCCAUUGCGUGCUCGUCGAGCUCGCUCAUCGUGAGUUCCAAUUCGAGAUACGAGACCGUCGCUUGGUCCCUCAGCAGCCGGCCGUCCGGUUCGGGUAUCCGAAUACCAAGGUGCAUGGACGGUAUACGAAAGGUGCUGUGGAUUCUCAUAUAUUCGCAUGUGGCGGCACCGAGGACGGCUGUGUUCGAUUGUGGGAUAUGAGGAAGUCGUCAAAUAUCCUGCAGACGAUACCUUGUCUUCCAGGGAAGAAAGUCGCCCAAGUCCAUAUCAGCAGCUCCCGGAUAGUGGCUUGCUCGGAGGAUUACCAUCUAGCUAUCUUGAAC